AAAGGCGGACCACGUUACAAAGGGGCCAAUUGGUCGGUUGUUGAUGUUCAUUGUUCACCAGCUCUCUCUCUCUCGCUAUUAUUCCCAAUUCUCUCUUCUUUACAGUUACACAACACUUUCUUCUUCCACUUCUCCUCUCUUUCAGUGUCCAAAACAAAACUCGUUUCAUCUAAUGAGGAAACACUGUCCAAAUCACGACUUCCCAGGUGGAUUGGACACGGUCCUCGAAGUACCAAUCCCUGAGGAAAUGUUUGUCUCGAACAAGACCAGUCACCACCCUUCCUGGCAGAACGUGAAAUCAUGGAUGAACAUUAAACAGAGUCCCGACCAAAGACAGUCGAUGGUGGCUGUUUUCGGUGGGAGAAACACCGAGAUUCAGCUCUUGCUCGGUGUCGCCGGUGCUCCAUUGAUCCCUCUCCCUAUAAAUAAUAACGACAAUCAUUCCAUCACCAAAAACAUCAAAGACCUCCCCAUUGAGGUUUCAAUGGCGAAAUACAUACUGAAGCAAUACAUUGCGGCGGUGGGCGGCGAGAAGGCAUUGGGUGCCAUUGACAGUAUGUAUGCGAUGGGGAAAGUGAGAAUGGCGGCUUCUGAGUUUAGUUCCGGAGACGGCAGUGUGAAUAACAAGAUUGUUAAAGCGAGGAACUUGAGUCACAGCGGCGGAGAGGUGGGUGGUUUCGUUUUGUGGCAGAAAAAGCCGGAGCUUUGGUGCCUGGAAUUGGUGGUUUCCGGCUGCAAAAUCAGUGCCGGGAGUGAUGGGAAAGUGGCUUGGAGGCAGACACCAUGGCACCCUUCUCAUGCUUCUAGAAGUCCCCCUAGGCCUCUCAGGCGUUUCUUACAGGGUCUUGAUCCAAGAUCGACGUCGAAUUUGUUCGUGAAUUCGAUUUGUGUCGGAGAAAAAUCGAUCGACGAUGAAGACUGUUUCAUCCUAAAACUUGAGGCCAAACCAUCAACGCUAAGAGCAAGAAGCAGUAACAAUAUAGAGAUCAUCCGUCACACGGUUUGGGGUUCCUUCAGCCAGAGAACCGGCCUCUUAAUCCAACUCAAAGACUCCCAUCUACUACGUAUCAGAUCCCCAGGAUCCGAUGGCGUCUUUUGGGAGACAACAAUGGAGUCCUCGAUCCAAGAUUAUAGAGCCAUAGAUGGCGUCAACAUCGCACACGCCGGCAAGACUCAUGUCACAUUGUUUCGGUUCGGGGAGACCUCUGAGCGCCAAUCGAGGACGAGGAUGGAAGAGGUCUGGAUGAUGGAAGAAGUUGAUUUUAACAUCAAAGGGUUGUCAAUGGAUUGCUUUUUGCCUCCCGGUGAUCUGAAGAAAGAAGAGGAAGGGUUCGAGACCCUGCCUAGCAAUGUAAGGUUGCCAUUCAAGCUUAGAAAUGAUCAACCUACUAGGUUUAAUGGCUCCAAAGUUGUUGCCAUUGAUGUUGAUGAAUGUGAUGAUGAAUCCUCCUCGGAUGAUGAUGAUUUGUUUUGAAUUUGAUUCCAUGUAAUAUUAGUUUGUAAGUAUUAAUUCUAUAGAA